AUGCAAACUCAUCAAGUCCAAGCUUUGCGUAUUCUCGUCCAGUUUAUUUGCAACGCCUCUUGUCCGGAAGAUCGAUCACACGUAUUGCAUGGAAUGUGUCUGACCGCGGAACAAUAUGCCAAACUGUCUGGUCGCAAUGCACGUGAGACACGUGAUCGUAUUCUGAUCGCGGUCGCCGUGUCCGUGCUGCUUCUGGUCAUCCUGGCCACCAUCGUUCUCGUGUUCUGUCUGAAACGCCGUGCGGAGACCGAACGAAUGCGCGAAAAACUGCGUGCAGCCUACACAAAUUUGCUUGAACUGGACAAGGAUGAACUCAUGAAGAACCAAUCUGCCAUUCGUGAUCCGAAUAUGGGAAGAUUGGAAAUGAUCAACGCGGACGAUUUGGAAUUCGAUCCGACCGUCUCACCUCUGGGUACGGGUGCAUUCGGUGUGGUCUAUCGCGGCAAAUGGCGUGUUCCCAAAGCCGCUAUGCUAAGACAUGGAUGUCGUGGCGAAGCGCAACUUGAUGUGGCCAUCAAAAUUAUUCAGAAUGACUUCCCAUUAAGUCCGAGCUGCUUGACACAGUCACAACCGUUUGCCAAUGGAAGUGGAUCAAACGGUCCGGACGACGAGAUUCGACGAGCCACGGCUCGCGCUAAUCUGGAGGAACUGUUACAGGAAGCCAAGGUAAGAUAG